AUGCCCCCCAAGCCAGACCCCAGCCCACCCCUCCCCUCCCUCUCCAGCCCAGACUCCAGGCCCUCCUCCACCCCCCGCUCCCCGCCCCGCCAUCGCCCCCGCUUCGCCUCCCCCUCCUCCGCCCUCCUCAAACGCGACCCCAGCUCCUCAGCCAUCAGCCGCCUCUCUUCCCCCGCCCUCGACUCUCUCCAAGGGCCUUCUACCUCCGCCUUGACAUUUUCAGAGGUGAAUCCGCUGUUUAUACAUGCGCAUCUGGAUAGACAUGGAUCAUUGGCGGAUUGGUUGAAGCAGAGGUUGUACAAGGCGAGGGAGAGGCCUUCCUGUGGUCCAAAUUCAAAACUACGUGAUGCCUUCUCGGCAGAGGAGGAUGGGAUUGGGACGCUGUCGAGGCAGCUGGCAGAGACGGCUCAAGGGGUACGGGAUAUGAGCAAAGAGCUUGGUGAGACGAAGGUGCGAUCAAGAAUACAAAACGUCUUGAUCGUCACAAAGAACAAUGACGAAGGGCUCAUCAAGCUCACCCGAGAUCUCGCCCUGUACCUCAUGCAGCGCCUCCCGCCCCCUUCUCCCGAAGGCGCGAGCGACCGUUAUGGAGGGCCUUCACAGGAUAGGGGCAUGGUCGUCUACGUCGACAUUGCGCUCAAAGAGUCGGAACGAUUCGAUGCCGCAGGUAUCGAGAGACAUCAUCCAGAGCUGUUUCAGCCGAUGGAACCGCGGCGGACACCUUCGUCGACGAGUGUCGGGAAUCUGGCUAGGCUUUCGUCGGCUUUUACGUCGGCAAGUAGUUUGAAUGAUGGAUCGAAGGGAGGAAAGGGAGAAGACGGGCAGUUGCGGUAUUGGACGAGUGAUCUUUGUGCCAACAAGGCAGAUCAAUUCGACUUGGUUAUUACCCUCGGAGGUGAUGGCACAGUCCUCUUGACAUCAUGGCUCUUCCAAAGCGUCGUACCUCCCGUCCUGCCAUUCGCCCUCGGCUCCUUGGGCUUCCUCACCAACUUUGAUUUCAGCAAAUACAAAGCCAUAAUCGACAAAACUAUCGACGAGGGGAUCCGUGUCAACCUCCGUAUGCGGUUCCGGUGCACGAUCUACCGGCGAAAGGGUGAGAGCACAAAGGCGGAGGAGACGUUCGAAGUCUUGAAUGAUGUAGAGAUCGAUAGAGGCUUUGCGCCGUAUAUCAGCUCUUUGGAGCUAUAUGGGGAUGACCACCACCUCACUACCGUUCAAGCCGACGGCCUAAUCGUAUCCACCCCCACCGGAUCCACCGCCUACUCUCUCUCAGCUGGCGGCUCCCUCGUCCAUCCCCAAAUUCCAGCUACCCUCAUCACACCCAUCUGCCCCCACACGCUGUCGUUCCGACCAAUGUUGUUGCCGGAUAGUAUGGAGUUGAGGGUGUGUGUGCCGAGGGAUGCGAGGAGUACGGCUUGGGCGAGCUUUGAUGGAAAGGGUCGGACAGAGCUGCAUCAGGGCGACCAUAUCAAGAUUACAGCGUCCAGAUACCCGUUCCCAACUAUCUGCGCGGACAAGGCCAAUACGGACUGGUUCUCUGCCAUCGCACGGACACUAUUGUGGAAUGAGAGGGCGAAACAAAAGACGUUUACCAUCAGAGAAGAGAAUGGGGAAGAUGGGCAAGCGUCAUAG